AUGUCCACAGAAAGUGCCAACAGCUUCACUCUGAUUGGGGAAGCAUCUGAUGGCAACACCAUGGAGAACCUCAGCCGAAGACUGAAGGUCACUGGGGACCUUUUUGACAUCAUGUCAGGCCAGACAGAUGUGGAUCACCCCCUGUGUGAGGAAUGCACAGACACUCUCUUAGAUCAGCUGGACACUCAGCUCAAUGUCACUGAAAAUGAGUGUCAGAACUACAAACGCUGUUUGGAGAUCUUAGAGCAAAUGAAUGAAGAUGACAGCGAACAGCUUGGGUUGGAGCUACAGGAGCUGCUAUUAGAGGAGGAGAGGCUGAUCCAAGAGCUGGAAGACGUGGAAAAAGAUAUCCAAGACCGGAAGAUAGUGGUGGAAAAUCUCAAGAAGGUCCAGGUUGGGGCUGAGAGAUUGGAUCAGGAGGAAGCUCAGUAUCAAAGGGAAUACAAUGAAUUUAAAAGACAACAGCUAGAACUGGAUGAUGAGCUGAAGAGUGUAGAAAACCAGAUGCGUUAUGCCCAGAUGCAGCUGGACAAGUUGAAGAAAACUAAUGUCUUUAAUGCAACCUUCCACAUUUGGCAUAGUGGACAGUUUGGUACAAUCAAUAACUUUAGACUGGGUCGGCUGCCCAGUGUUCCUGUGGAAUGGAAUGACCUUAAUGAUGCUUGGGGCCAGACAGUGUUGCUGCUCCAUGCCCUGGGCAAUAAGAUGGGUCUGAAAUUUCAGAGGUAUCGACUUGUUCCCUGUGGAAACCAUUCAUAUCUGGAGUCUCUGACAGACAAAUCUAAGGAUGGCUGUGGAGUGAGGCAAACUGGAGACACAGGGGGCUGCAGCGGCGCCUGUCCCGUCCAAACCCAGUUUACCUCCGAGGACAGUGGACAGAAGCACUCAGGUUCAUGCUGA